CGACAACAUCCAUCUCGUAUUUGCAUCCCAUAUCCUGGCCACAUUGCCAAGCCCCCACAAGCCGAGUACACACAUCACAUCUCACCAGUACCCAUACCAUGGACAAGCUCAGCGAAGAAGAGAAGCAGCACUAUCGCGAAGCCUUCUCAGUCUUCGACAAGAACGGUGAUGGCGAAAUCUCCGCCGCCGAACUCGGCGACGUGAUGCGCUCCCUAGGCCUCAAACCCACCGACGGCGAACUCCAAGACAUGCUCCACGAAGUCGACUCCGAUAACAGCGGUUCAAUUGAUAUCAAUGAAUUCCUCGUCCUCAUGUCCCACGUCGGCAGUGCCCAAGACACCGAAGACGAACUCCUCAACGCCUUCCGCGUCUUCGACAAAGACAAUUCCGGCACAAUUUCCGCCUCGGAAAUGCGCGAAGUGCUGAAAGCUCUGGGCGAAGAUUUGACCGAUAAGGAAAUUAAUGAGAUUAUGAGUGCCGCAGACACAGAUGGAGACAAGACGAUUGAUUUCGAGGAGUUCAAGAAGAUUAUGCAGGAUCCGAAGUUGUCUUAGUUGCCACUUUGGGAAGAGUGAGGCCGGGAGAAGCAUUCGAGGAAGAAAGGCGGAGAUCACAUCCAGGCGCGGUUCUCUCAAAUGCACCGUGAACGAAUCAAAAAAGGGUGGAUGGGUCUGAAAUGGAGUUCACGCAUUCGGUAAUGAUACCAAAGGAAGAAAAGAAAAAGAGACAAUGUAAGCUUGCUCCUUCACAGCUUCUCAAUGCAAGGACUUGUCAAUACAAGCCUAGUCGCGAUUUUAUCCCAGAACCU